AUGAAUUCCGCCACCGACCAACCUUCCGUCGCCGCCGACGAACUAGCUCCGCCGUCUCAACCGCAUCGCCUAUCGACUUCCUGCGAUCUCCACCCUGAUGAGCGCUUCUCUGGUUUCUGCCCGUCGUGUCUCUGCGACCGCCUCUCCGUCUUAGAUCACAACGGCGCUGCACCGCAGCCGUCGUCUUCUUCCCGGAAACCUCCCACCAUCUCUGCCGCGACCUUGAAAGCUCUCUUCAAACCAUCUAGUGGUACCAACAACAACGCCUCCGGUGGGAACGGCCGGGUCCGACCCGGUUUCUUCCCAGAGCUCCGGCGUACGAAGUCGUUCUCGGCGAAGAACAACGAAGGAUUCUGCGGUGGGUUUGAGCCGCAACGUCGGUCUUGUGACGUUAGGCUUCGUGACGAGCAUAGAAAUCUUCCCGCCAAAGAAGCUGCCACCGUCGUUGUUUCCGGCGGUAAGAUCGAGGACGACUCUAGGAAGUCUAGCGUGAGUGAGCCAGUGUUAGAGGUGAAUGAAGAAGAAAAAGCUGAAACAGAGGAGGAAGAAGAAGAUAACGUAGGUAAGACUGAGAUUGUGAAUGAUUCCGGCGAAAUUACAGAGGUAAAAAGCGGCGAGAUUGUUGAGGAGGAAGAGGAGAAAGUGAUGGAAGAAGAGGAACUGAAGCCAAUGAAGGAUUACAUUGAUCUCUAUCCACAGACAAAGAAACCGUCGGUGAGAGAUUUCGCCGGGAGUUUCUUUUCGGCUGCCUCUGUUUUCAGCAAGAAGCUUCAGAAAUGGAGGCAGAAGCAGAAGGCAAAGAAGCCGAGAGCCAACGGAGUCGACGGAGGACGGCCACAUUUGCCGGUAGAUAAGGCGACUAGGAGACAGCUUAGGGAUACACAGUCCGAAAUCGCUGAUUACGGGUUUGGCCGGAGAUCCAGCGACACUGACCCGAGAUUCUCCCUUGACGCCGGGAGGUUUUCCGUUGAUAUCGGUCGGAUUUCGCUGGACGACUCUCGUUACUCGAUAGACGAGCCAAGAGCGUCGUGCGAUGGGCAAUUAAUCGGCAGGAUGGCUUUACCACCGGCGGCUAGGGUUCCUCCGCCGCCAUCGAUGCUAUCAGUGGUGGAAAACGCGCCAAUUCAUCGAUCAGACAUGCAGAUUCCAGUGGAAGAUCCUUCGGCUCCGUCAAUUGUUCCCAUUAACGGUGAAUCCGAUCCGAUUGUCAUCAUCCCAGGCGGAUCGAAUCAAACCCGAGACUACUACACGGGACCUCCGUCACGAAGGCGGAAGAGCUUCGACAGAUCCAAUUCGAUUAAAAAAACCGUUGCGACGGAGAUGGACGAGGUCAAAUCGGCGUCGAAUGCGAAGGUGUCUCCGGCGAUAACAAUAGACUCGAAUUUGAGAAGUGUGAGAGACGAAUGCUCCAUGGAAACAGCGGAGAACAGAGGGAAUCAAAACGGCGAUAAGAAAUCGAAACGGUGGGGAAAAUGGAGCAUUUUCGGUUUAAUAUACAGGAAGGGUGUUAGCAAAGACGAGGAAGAAGAUAGAUGUAGCAGAUCAAACAGCACCGGGAUGGUCGAAAGGUGUGUAUCGGAAUCAUGGUCGGAGAUGAGGAAUGGAGGAGGAGGAGGACCGAAGAUGAGGAGAAGUAACAGCAAUGUGAGCUGGCGGAGCUCCGGCGAAGGAUCGGCGAGGAACAAGAGUUGGAGAUACUCGCCUAAGGAUGGAGAUAACGGAAUGUUGAGGUUUUAUUUGACUCCGAAGAGGAGUAGCUGGAGAACAGGCGGUGGUGGCGGCGGAGGAGGUGGUGGUGGGUGGGAGAAGACGGCGGCUAAGGCCAAUAGUCACGGCCACUCAAUAGCGAGGAGGGUUAUGAGGCUGUAUUGA